UUCUAAGUUGACACCGCGAGCUAAAGUCAAAAGACAAUUCGACAUCUUGACCAGAAUAUAUUCUCUCCUAGUCCACCGCUCCCUUUCUGCUCUUGGCCUCCAUUUCAAGGCCGUUAAGGCUCAAGCCUGGAGAGCCGUAGGUGCAGCUGCACCCGGAAAUGUCACAUCAGCUGACUCGUGGUGAAGCCGAGGCAACUUCCCCAGAUUCGCGCUCGGCAACGAAGGUUCAGCACCGCCCGCUGUCCUCUUGAAUAAAUUGCCUUUGCCUCCUCUCACCUCUCUUUCAAUCAACUCCCUUCUUGAAACACUCUGCCAUUCUGAUCCAUCGUGCCAAUAUCUCUCUAUUCUACUCUGUACAAUCCCUUUGCAACUCUCUCAAACAACAGUAUCUACAGUCAAAAUGGCCUCGCCUCGUAAGUUUCACAUGCCUCUCUGUAACUACACCGGAAAUGUAAAUAACUGAUAGGGUGUAAUAGAGCAACUCCGCACCACGGUAACCGACCUUCUCAAGAUCAAGCAUCCCAUCAUCCUCGCAGGAAUGAAUGUCGCAGCUGGUCCUAAACUCGCCGCAGCAGUCACAAACGCCGGAGGACUCGGUGUUCUCGGAGGAAUUGGCUACACACCAGACAUGUUGAGAGAGCAAAUCGCAGAACUCAAGUCUUUCCUCGACGACCAGAGCGCACCAUUUGGUGUUGAUUUGUUACUUCCCCAAGUUGGUGGCAGUGCCAGAAAGACCAAGUACGCAUCACAUGCCGGAACAUAUCCCAUUAUGAUUACUAUCCAAACAAAAGCUGACGUGUGAACUCCACAGCUACGAUUAUACCAAGGGAAAGCUUGAUGAGUUGAUUGCCAUUAUUAUCGAGAGCGGUGCCAAACUCUUCGUUUCAGCCGUCGGUGUCCCACCAAAACAUGUCGUUGAAAGACUCCACAAAGCUGGUAUUUUGUAUGCAAACAUGAUUGGACACCCAAAGCACGUCAAGAAAUGCCUCGACCUUGGAGUUGAUAUUAUCUGCGCACAAGGUGGUGAGGGAGGUGGACAUACCGGAGAUGUCCCAACAACUGUCUUGAUUCCAGCAGUAGUAGAGCUUUGCAAGGGCAAGACCAGUCCUAUGAGUGGUGCACCUGUCCAGGUGGUUGCUGCAGGUGGUAUCUACAAUGGCCAAACUGUUGCCGCAGCUCUUAUGAUGGGAGCUAGCGCUGUCUGGGUUGGAACAAGAUUCAUUUUGACCGAGGAAGCCGGUGCCUCAAAGGCACACCAGGAGGCUGUUAGAACUGCAGGGCAUGAUGACAACGUUAGAACUAUUAUCUUCACUGGUAGACCGUUGAGAGUACGAACCAACUCAUACAUUAUCAACUGGGAAGAGAACCGCGCUGCGGAAAUCAAGGAACUUACCGGAAAGGGUGUCAUUCCUGUUGAGCACGACUUUGAGACUUUGGGAGAUGAUCUUGAUGAUGAGGUAAGCAUACUCACUUCCCUGGAGAAUUCGAGAUCCAAUAGCUAACAUUACUGCAGACAAUGGACAACGCCAGACCUUUCCUGAUGGGCAAAGCAGCCGCAGUCGUCAACGAGAAGAAGAGCGCCAAGGGUGUUGUAGAUGAGUUGGUUGGAGAUGCUGUCAAAUGGAUCCAGAAGGGAGAGAAGAUGAUUGCCAAAUUGUAAAAAUAAUGGACCAGCAUUUGUGAGCAGCAUGGCGCUGGAGAUUCAGU